UGACAGCAGUGUGGCGUCAGAAGCCGAGGCGAGAGUAAGUGCGUUGCUGCUGCUCCCGUGGCCCACCUAUGUAACAUGAUGUGUGGGUGCUUGGAGGUGCUUGAUGUGACCACCACCAGCACAUCACGGCCGCCAGCAUGAGCACUGUGAGGAACAUUAGUGAGCUGCUUCCUGACGAGCCUAUCAAGGACCCAUUUGAGAAGGAGAUACAUUUCAAUAACACAGUCAGGGAAUAUAUUGUGUUCCUGGUGGUGUUGCUGCUGCUGUCUGUGGCGUCUCAUGUGGUGGUGCUGCGAUACAGGCGGCGGGAGGGGCCACACCUCCCGCCGCCCCGCCACGCUGACGACGAUGAGGCCAUGGUGGACAGAAUAGCGUUAUGGCUGUGUACCUUCAGCCUCUCGGUGUCCCUGGGGGCAGUGCUGCUCCUCCCCGUCAGCAUCUUGAGUAACGAGGUGCUUACACUCUACCGGGACUCCCUCUACGUCCAGUGGCUCAAUCUGUCCCUCGUGCAAGGUCUUUGGAACAUCAUUUUUCUACUGUCCAACUUAUCUCUGUUCGUGGGGCUGCCCUUCGCCUACCUCUUCACUGAAUCUGAGGGCUUUCCCGGCUCUAGAAAGGGUCUUCGCGCGCGUGUGGUGGAGACAGUGGUGGUGUUGGUGUUGCUGGUGGUGCUGGUGCUGGGCGUGGCUGUCAUCAUCUCCCUCCUGCUGGGGUACUACCAAGAGGAGGGGCUCACACAGAUGAUUGAUGUGUGGGGCAGUUUCUACCUUCCGUUCCUGUACUCACUCAUAUCAUGCCUGGGUGUACUGCUGCUGCUGUUGUGCACGCCGGUGGGACUGGCACACCUGUUCACCGCGAUGGGUAGACUGGUGGUGAAGCCUGGGUUCCUGCGUGACCUGGCAGAGGAGCACCAGGCAGCAGUGUUAAUAGAGGACUCCCUGGCCCGUCGCCUGGUCCGCCCCUCCAUGCCCCACGCCCAGCCCCUCACCCGUUCCCUGGCCGCUGAGCCCUCCCACCAGGAACUCCUGCAGCAGUACCGCGACGCACGCACCAGACGCAUCAGACUGGAGAAGCGGCGUCGCGUGGGAGUGUUCCAGCGCACCCUGGCGUACCCGCUGGCCCUGCUGGUGCUGCUGGCGCUGACGGGCACGGCAGUGUUCAUUGUGGUACUCAACACUCUGCAGCUGCUGGUGGGCAUCAAGGCUCUGCCCCUCGCCUCAACCCCGGCCAUCCUGGGGGAGGCACAGCAGGGAAAGAGGAUGGUGCUGCUGUCAGUGCUGGGGCCAGGCGGUGCAGUGCUGGAGGUGGUGCUCAUCCUGUACCUCAUCGCCGCCUCACUGCUGGGUUGCUACUCCCUGCCGGGGGUGUCACGCAUCCGCCCUCGCCGCGGUGACACUCCAAUGGUGCAUGUCAUCGCCAACUGUGCCAUUGUGCUCAUCCUCUCCAGUGCCCUUCCCCUGCUGGCCCGGACCCUGGGCAUCACUAACUUUGAUCUGCUGGGGGACUUUGGGAAGAUCAGUUGGCUGGGCAGCUUCUGGAUCGUGCUGGGCUACAAUGCUCUCUUUGCCUCCGCUGCUGCCUGGUGCCUUGUCAAGAAGUUCACCGCCACCAUCAGACAUGAGAUAUACAUGAGGUUCAAGUUGCUGGCGAUGACGAUGGUGAAGAGGGAGACCUUCAGACUACAAGCACAGGUGAUGAACGGAACCAUUAUGAACACCAGCAACAUCAAGGAGGAGUAGUGAGAGGAAGAGGAGUCACUCACCUACCUCCUCAUCCCCUGUAGGCGUGGUUAACCCAUGAACGAGUGUGUGAGAGCAAGAAGUAUCAGAGUCAAGGAUGCUAACAUGAGACACACCUUUUCUUGUGGUAUGAAUGUGAGUAUGCAUCAGUGUGGGUCCAGAGGAGUGAAGGGAGGACAUGUUCAGCCAGACCAUAAGGUAGUCUUGGUAUUUAUUUAUUACGUCUGUGCAUUCCUUGUUUGCUGCGGCUGGAGUCUGUGCUGUCACGUUGGCCAGGCUGAAGACUUCCUCCCUGCUGCACAUCCUGGACCCUCACAGUUAAGAGUCAGGGCCGCUCAUGACUUGUGGAGUAAAAUGAAGUCCAGAUAUUUAUUAUGCAAAGCAGGAACGUCCAGUGAUUCUCCCACACUUAUGACUGUGUUCUCAAGCAUUUUGGUGUCUUGUCUGUACUCUUUGUAGGCUGUAGUGGUGACUAUUGGGGCUCUCUGGGGUCUUUUCAUGUUUCCAGUGAUAGUUUAACAAAGCUUCUGUACCACUAGUGAGAAGAAAUACCCUUGAGAACCCACACAUUCAUCUCUGUGGCCAUUGAGAAGUAUUGAGAAGAGAGCAAAGCGUUUAAGAAUGUAGGCUUGUGUUGUUGCCAAGAGCCACCUAUCCAGUGGCUCCCUCACUGAAUCUUGCAUCUCUCACCCUCAUCAACCUUUAUGGCAGUGCAGUUAACUAGCAUUUCCCUGUGUGUGUUGUGGCUGUGGCUCGGUGUUGUGUGCUGCAGCCACCUCUGUGAUUCUCCCGGUGCAGUCUUGGCAGUGCAUGAGGCAUUACUCUCAUGAACUCCGCCAAGCUCUCUAGUGGAAGUUAACACAGGGUGAUCUUUAGUAUUUUUGUCUUGUGUACUUCUGUAGUUACCAGUCCAUAUAACACACACACACACACAUGCACAUGCACAUGCACACAGUAUUCAGGCAGCUGUAGACAUUUAAGUGAGCUGAGUAGAGUAAGGUUUGGAAUAUUUCUGAGGCCAUUGUGAAGUUGAGUGAAGGAACCGUACCAAUGCAGUAAUUUUGAGUUUAAUUUAUCAGGAUUGGGGUGUUUAGGCUGGAUAAAUUUUGUGAGAAUAAGGAUAAGGAGUGUGUAUAAUCCUGAGUUUUGAAAGAGAGGAUAAUUGUAAGGAUAAAGACAAGAUCAACUAACACAACACAACAUAACACUAACACAUUUACACACGCACACGUCUGUCAGCCAAAGACUUCCUCGUGAGCAUCUGUCGUAAGUGUUUCCAGUUAUAGGAUUAUUUACUCAGCAAGUCCCUGUCGUCCCUUGCCUUACCUUACCUUACCUUGCCUGUGUAUCUUUGCUCAAAGUUGUACAAGGUUGGUGUGUGCUCUGACCGGUGGUUGGCAUGUGUGAGCUGGGAUGACCGAUUGGGAGCAGCGCCUUCUUUCCUCCCCUUGACAUUAGUGAUUUGCCUGAUUGUGACCACCAGAUACCUUUCUUAGUGAUGAUUGACCCAGAUACUUUUGGCAUGACCUUUACUUGUGGCUGCACCCUUGAACUGGUUGGGCUGACUGCUCCUGGUAGUCUGUCAGUGCUUAGAGGGUCAUCUCAUAACAUUGAAUGAGUGUUGUGUUGCCACUGUUGAGGCUGACUGAUGACUAGUGGAACAUUGGAGGCUGGAGGAGAGGAGAACUGAGGUAUGAGCAGGAGCAAGAGGAUGAGAGGAAUAUUGUAUGAUAUCAAGAGGAGGAAGAGAAUUAGAAUUAUGGGAGGGAGAGGAAGAGGAAGGAAGAGGAAUAGCAUGUAUAUUAUAACCCUUUUCUCCUUCCUCUUUCGUAAGACACAAGACAGGAAGAAGAGGACAAGACUUUCUGCUGCUCCACAUCUUUUCUCCCUUGAUUGUGCUCUCUCUUCUUUCUUGCCUCCACUAUGACCUGUGUCCUCUCAGAAGCAUCACCUUGACCACUCUUGACCCUAAGCUGAUUUAGGGCCAUUAGUGUGGUAGUGGUGUGUGGUGUGGUGUUAGGGAUGAUCAGUGUUCUAGAAGAAGCAGUGAUGUGCCACACCUUCUGGUCAGGGCAUCGUUGUGGUAGGGUGUGUGGUGGUGUGUCUAUAUUCAAUUUCUGCCCCAAGGUGGUGUUGCCAGUGUGUGUGUGUGUGUGGAAGUUUUAUUGCCAUUAAGUGUAUGUAAAGACUUUGUUGAGUGUAUGUGUGUAGAUAGUGUACAUAGGCUAAGUUGUAAUGGCUAAUGAGUUCUAAUUCUUACGAGGUGUUUGGUCAUAAUAUUGUGUUGGUGUGUGCCAUGGCUGACCUAACACCAGAGGCAGGAGGCAGCAACAGGAAAGCUGGUUGGUAGCACGUCCUGCGGGGUCCGUGUCCUUCCCCAUAACACUGGCAGAGGUAAUGCUAUGCUGGGCUGUCAAGUCUGCAUAUGGUUUUGAACUUGUAUAUUGUGUUUGUGAGUGGUCUGAAUGGCACUCCAGUCAAGCUCCAGCUCCAGCUCCACUCCCUCCGACUCUCCACACAGCUGCCGUGCACCAGGCCACGUUGCCUCUGCUGGACAGUUAGUGGCAGUCACUCAGCUUCUCACUGAUGGGUGUAUAAAUUUCUUAUAAUGAGAAGCUGGUGUGUGUGUGUGUGUGUGUGUGUGUGUGUGUGUGUGUGUGUGUGUGUGUGUGUGUGUGUGUGUGUGUGGCGGUGCAUGGCUGUGGUGUGGGUGGACGGGUCGGGUAAGGGGCGGCACGAGCGGUCUCUGCUCAUGUUCUAAGUUAAGGAUGUACCACAAUAUCUUUAGUUUUAUACUUUUAUUUAUAGUUUGUUAAUGGAGGAAUUUUGUGUUAUUACUACCAAAGUGUUAUAAUGCAUUAGAAUUAGUUAGCAUUGGUGGCGACAGCAGCAGCAGGCAUGCUGCACUGCUGCAGUGAAGCAUUGCUCUUGGAUGCUGGGCAGCACUGGCAUUCUUAUGUUUAAAUCAAAUUGUGAUAACAUGACUUGGAGGGACCACUUGGUAUGGGGUCACCUUCCCAGAAUUUCCAUACCUCUGUGUUAUUUAAGAUUUUGAUACAUAGUUUGGUGUUUAUUAUUAGCAUGUACUUAAAAAUAUGUAAAUAAUUUUCACAGAGUCCUUUUGUCAAGUGGCAGUUGUACUAGUUUGGUGGGUGAGUCCAGUAGAGCCACUCUGUGGUGCCCCAGCCAGGUGGGGAGUCAGUUUGGGGACCUCUGGCCAGCCAGCCUUGCUCACACAAGUUAUUUACAGUGCUAACUCAGGUUCAUUAUCAUGUUAAAGUUCUCAGUGUGUUAGGCUGAAAUGUGUAAUGACUGACAACAGCCAGCUGGGCCACCACAGCAUCCAGUGUGAUGUAAACACCAAUGGGUGUGUUGUGUCUUGAGUGUGAUGACUCUUACCUCUCACAGCUGAACACUCGAGACAAAAAAUAAUUGAACGUACAUUAUGGCAAAGGAAGUGCAUCUUUAAAGGUGACACAGAACAAGGAACAAACCUUUGCCUUAAGUUACCCACCACAGACAGCCGUGUGUGGUGUGAUGCAUGCAUGAACGGGUCACGCUGCAAGCUUCUCAAAUGCUUCCUAACAUAAGUGUAUGUAAUCCGUCAAGACACGGUCAGUACACAAGCUGGGCUGACACUGUAGGAAAUAUGAGUCAGCCUUGACAAUUUUAAGCACAAUGUAAUUUGAAUGUUUAGACCAUCAGCCCAAUUCAUGCAUGAACUUGUCUUAGACAUUUUUUGGAAAGUUCAACCUGGUCCUUGGAUUUUCUUUGCACUGGUGUUGAUUGCUCCAGAAAGAGUAACACAGCAUUGGAAGAUGUUGUCAUUGUGACCCAUUCAUUCAUAGUUAGGCAUCACAAGUAGUGUAUUCUUUAAUCCCUCAGCAUUAAGCAUACAUGUGUAAGCAAUGCUACAUACAAACAGUGUAGCAUUGGUGCAGUGUGAACUCAUUCUAUGCUGCUUGCACACCUGUCACCCACAAGGUCAUUAGUACUACUCUUGUGCCAAAUACUUGAUCGUUCUUGUCUUGGGUUGAUCUGGUGCCUCUUGUUGGAUCCAAGCCUAUAUUUCUGAUGUCCUACGGAAGCAAGGAACACUCACACAAUGCCAGUGUCUUUAAGACCUUUAUUGUUAUUGAUCUCAAUGAUACACAAAGCUAAGGCAAUCACAAGUAGCAUCCUAAACACUGGAUACUCAAUAGCACUCCUGUUUAUUUGUAAUUGUUCAUAAAUGACACUGGUGUUGAAUUGAGAAUUGGGCUUGGCUUGGUGUGUGGCUUGCAAUAAUGGAACAAGUGGGCUGGUAGUGAUCAGAAUAUAUAGCACAUAGGACCCCAGUAAGUGUGUGUGUUAUUUGGGUGAAAUAUUGGUGAGGGGGUGUGGUGAAUGACUGUGGUUUGUAAACAUACUGUGGAGAACAUACUGUGGGUCCUGUAGCCUGUAGGAGAGAGAGAGAGAGAGAGAGAGAGAGAGAGAGAGAGAGAGAGAGAGAGAGAGAUUAUCCAUCACACAUCUUGCUCUUCCAAUUCAGCCAGUAAGAGUUGGUCACAUAGCUUGUUCCUGUUUUGAGGCCACACCCAGGAGAUGGCAGGCAGGCAGACACACACACACUAAAGGCAAGUGCAUUUUGGAAAAAUACUGACCCCCUUGGUACACAAUGCCUUGGCAAAAUGAGUUCACUCUGAACAUUAAGCAUGUAAGUAAUACAAGUGCAUAUCCAAAAUGCAUGCAUGCAUAUCAGUAGAGUCUAACUUAUGUAUGAGAGACACUCAGGAGGAAGGGAUAUAAAUACAACACUGGGAUGUUUGAGGUGAGGGAGGGGGGGGGACCACUGCUGCUUACCAUUAGCUGCAGUAGUGGGGACUGUACCCGUCAGUGGGCGUGUUACACAGCAAGGCAGCAUACACACCUGCCGUGAGAUUGAGUGUAGCCUGAUGGUGUCACUUGUGCCCUAUGCAGUCCUGUAGGAUACUGGCUCCUGUGCGUGCCGCCACAACCACCAUCACCACUGUAAAGUUAACUAAAUAAAAUGUCUUUCUCUGA